AUGGCAUGGCGAAGCAAAAAAAUACUUGAUAAGCCUGAAGGUGGUGUAUUUAGGCCUAAUAAUUCUCGAAAUAACAGAUUCUCAAAUAUAGUAGAUGAUAUUAAAGACUUCAUAUCCGAUGAGAGUAAUCAGGGUUUAGGUCCUUAUGGCUUUAACAGCGAUUCUGAGACAUAUGGGGAUUUACCAAUUAAAUCUAAAACUCGAAAGAAAAGAGUGCAGGUCAAAAAAUCUACUUGGUUCGCGGACAGAAACAAACAACUAAGAGGAAAAGGUCGAAAAUAUUAUGGUAGAAAACGUGAAGAAAAUGCCUGGAAUUAUGAGAAAACUAAAGAACCACGAAUUAUAAAACCAAGAUGUAACUGUAAACAAAGAAGUGAGACCGGUACCAUGAAAUGUUCUUUGGUGACCGAAGACAAAAUAAUGCAGAUAUAUAAAGAUUUUUGGAAUAUGGAUUGGGGUCAGAAGAAGGUCUAUGUCACACAAGUUCCCAUUAAAAGGUCACGAGAUCGAAAUGUUGACACUGAAUUUAGAAGAAAUCAAACAUUGCAAUAUCACUUGAAAGAUCAGUGCCCGAAAUGUGCAAGUUAUGGUGUUGGUCAGAUAUCGGCGGAAGAGUAUGCAAUACAUCAAGCAAAGGAGGAAGAUGCCAGAGCGGAAAAAACAAAAGAUAAAGAAGAAGAAAAAAUUGCAUUCACAGUCGACCUUUAA